AUGGCGAGUGCAAGUAUCACUAUCCUAGAGAAUUUUCUCCAAGAUCAGUACAAGCGAAAGAUGCUUACCCAAUUUAUAAAAGGAGCAAAAAUAAUAGAACAAUGCAUAAAAGCAGUGAAAUACCUUUAUAAGUACAUAUAUAAAGGCCAUGAUAGAGUGGCAGUAAACAUUGAGUAUAAUGAAGGUGAAAAGAGAGUAUGGGAAAGGAUAUUAAAAAAAUUUGAUUUGCCACCUUUACAAACAAAAACCAUUUUAGAGGAAGGUUCAUACCCAAGAGAAAUAAAAGAAGCGCUAGAUGUACAAAUCCCAACUGAUGAUGUAAAUGCUGCAACAAAACUCAACUAUGAACAACAUAUUGCAUACACUACAAUAUUAACACGAGUUGAAGCAAAUAAAAGUGGAGUUUUCUUUAUUGACGGUUCUAGAGGAACUGAGAAGACUUAUUUAUAUCGUGCUCUACUUGCCACAGUAAGAUCGCAAGGUAUGAUAGCUCUUGCUACAGUGAUAUCAGGUGUCACAGCUGUAAUAAUGCCUGGUGGAAGAACAGCACACUCCAGAUUUAAAAUCAAAAUCCCAACAACAGAUUCAUCUAUGUGUGGUAUAUCAAAGCAAGAUGGGACAUCAAAACUCAUUAGAAUAGCUCGUCUAAUAAUUUGGGACGAGGCUCCUAUGGCUAAACGCGUUGCAAUUGAAACAUUAGAUAGAACACUAAGAGAUUUAAUGGAUCAAGAUGAACCAUUUGGCAGAAAAGUAAUUGUAUUUGGUGGCGAUUUCAGACAAGUUUUACCGGUGGUGCCUCGCUCAACAAGAUCACAAACUAUCAAAGAAGGUUUAGUAAGCUCACAUUUGUGGAGCAAAAUGAUCAAACUACAACUUUCAAAAAAUAUGAGAGCAAAAUCAGACACAACAUUCAGUGAAUUUCUUCUUAGGAUUGGGAAUGGAGAUGAACCAACAGUGACCCAAGAUCUCAUAAAACUGCCUAAUGCAAUAUUGAUCCAGAAUCAAGGUGAUGACCUACCGGAAGAUUCUCUCAUAAAUUUAAUUUUUCCAUCUUUAGAUGAGAAUUUUAAGUCUAUUGAAUAUAUGAAAGAUAGAGCUAUCAUUGCAACAAAAAAUGAAUAUGUUGACAAGUUAAAUGAUAGACUAAUAAAAAGGUUUUCAGGAGAAGGAAAAGAAUUCUAUAGCUUUGAUGAAGCAAUUGAUGACACUAAUCAUCAUUACCAAGAAGAAUUUUUGAACACUCUGCUUCCUAAUGGACUACCGCCACACAAGCUCAAGUUGAAAAAAUAUUGUCCAAUUAUUUUACUAAGGAACUUGGAUCCAACUAAUGGAUUGUGCAAUGGUACAAGAAUGAUGGGAAAUUUGCAGAAGAGGAACAAUACACAAAAAAAUAUUGUAUACAAGGAAGUUCUCCAGCCAAAGGACCAUGAGGAAUAA